GCGUGUUCGGGCGGAGACAGCUGGGUGCCUGUUACACGUCUUUCCACUUCCUCGGCAGAUCGUUGGUAAGCAAGCUCUGCAGAAACGCUGACACUCUGGAGCGGAGGAUUUCAUGCAUUACUCGCCCUGGCGCCGAGGUCCGGAGCCUGCGGAGAACCUGUUUUGCAAGACAUUUGCCUGAAGCUGGAAAUAUUGGCAGUUAACUAUGGCAGAAGAUGACCUGAUCUUUGAGAUCGAAGGUGUUGGCAGUACAAGUCGAAACUCUGUGGACGACAGUGAUGAUGAAGAGCAGUAUCUUAUCUGCUCCAUCACAGAUUAUGAUGAACAUAAGUCAAAUAAGAUAUGCAAUCGCAAUUACUUGAAGGGUAAACUUUGUGAAACUUCCAGCUCCCCUGUAAGGUCAUUCAACUUUAAGAAUCACGAGACCAGUCCUAAGUUUGGCUCAUUAACUGACCGAGGUCGGGAAGCUUGGAAGCAUGCAUUUGAAAAAGCCAAGCACAUGCCUGAUCCUUGGGCUGAAUUCCACCUGGAAGAAAUUGAGACAGAGACAGCAACUCGUUACAGGUAUAAUGCUAUUUCAGGAAAGUGGGUUGAAGAUGAAGUACUCAUGAAAAUGGCAAAACAGCCCUUUGGCCGUGGUGCCAUGCGGGAAUGCUACCGAACGAAGAAACUUUCAAACUUCACUCGUCACCAGCAGUGGAAGGCUGCCUCCAAUUACGUUGCAAAGCGUUACAUAGACUCUGUGGAUCGAGAUGUGUACUUCGAGGACGUGCGACUCCAAAUGGAGGCAAAGCUGUGGGGCGAGGAGUACAGCAGACACAAGCCUCCCAAACAGGUGGACAUCAUGCAAAUGUGUAUUUUGGAGAUGAAGAACAGACCUGGGAAACCUCUGUACCAUCUAGAACACUACAUCGAGGGCAAAUACAUCAAAUACAACUCCAACUCGGGCUUUGUGAGGGACGAAAACUUUCGCCUCACUCCGCAGGCAUUUAGUCAUUUCACCUUUGAACGCUCGGCGCACCAGCUGAUAGUGGUGGAUAUCCAAGGAGUGGGUGACCUGUACACAGACCCUCAGAUCCACACGUCCAGUGGCACAGACUUUGGAGAUGGCAACUUGGGUGUGCGAGGGAUGGCGUUGUUCUUUCACUCUCAUGCCUGCAACAGCAUUUGCAAGACAAUGGGGCUUACUCCGUUCGAUCUGUCGCAGAAGGAAAUGGCAGCAUUGGAGCAUGCACAGAAUUUACUGAAAACAGCAAAGACUGUCCUUCGAGGCAGUGAGGAAGUGUGCGGCAGCAAUAGGGUAAGGACGCUGUCUGGCUCCAGACCUCCUAUCCUCCGUCGCCUCUCUGAGAACUCUGGAGAUGAAAACGUGAGUGACAGCCCAUUCGACUCCCUCCCCUGCUCACCCUCAUCCUAUUGGAGUCCGAAGGAAGACAUGCUGGGCAAAUCUCCUAUGGGUUGGACAGUGUUUAAUGAGGUUGAUAAUCUAAGCAGUGAACACGAUGGCUCACUGGGUGAGCGACGGAUGUCUGAAUCGGGAGGGGACAGUGGAUGUCCCAGUGAGCGGAGGAGUGAACUGGAUGGGGAGUUGGCAGACCGGGUAAACUCAAAUGUGCGAAGGUAUUGUGAAUCUGAUGAAGACAGUAUCCGGCGGGGAAAUGCGAGGCCCAGUGUGUGCCAGUCCCUAAACAUCCUCAAAUCCAGCCAUAGGACUCUGCCGGAUCACCAUAACGAAGACAAGUGGAACCAUUACCACUCCUCCAGAGCUCACUCGCACUGGCCUUCAUGUGUGGCUGUUGAGGUGCAGCGACUUAAUGCCUUCAAACAGGAAAAGAAAAUUGGGAAGUCCAUUCUGGGCAAGGUGCAUCUAGCCAUGGUACGGUACCAUGAGGCAGGCCGCUUCUGUGAAAAGCUGGAGGAGUGGGACCGUGAGUCUGCCGUCUUCCACCUUGAGCACGCCGCGCUCUGUGGGGAGCUGGAAGCCAUCGUUGCCCUGAGUCUUAUCUACCUGCAGUUACCCCACCACAUCCUGACUGACGUCACUGUGGAGGACAGUGACGAGCAUCGAAAGGUUGGCUUUGACUACCUGCUGAUGGGUGCGGAAGCAGGGGAUCGUCCGUCCAUGAUUCGUGCAGCUCGAGCCUUCGACACUGGAGUCAGCCUUGGUCCCGACCGGGUGCGUGACUGGAAGGAAGCUCUAUACUGGUACAAUGCCGCUCUGAACAUGACAGAGUAUGACGAGGGAGGGGAAUACGAUGGCACGGGGGACGAGCCCAAGUACAAUCUCCUGGCGCGAGAGGCAGAGAUCCACAUGACGGGGGGGUUUGGUGUCGAGCCGGAUCCACAGACAGCAGGCGAUCUCUUCACCGAAGCAGCAGAGGCAGCCAUGGCUAACUUGAAAGGCAGACUCGCCAACCAAUACUACCAGCAAGCUGAGGAGGCCUGGGCCAGGAUGGAGGAAUGAAUUAAUGCUUUGCAAACUGCUGGGGGCGAUUCAGUGACCACUGGCUGUCUUCCCAUGUCACCGAUGGACCCUUGGGGCCUCCUCCGCUGUCUUUCAUUGUGUGAUGGAUGAUGCCGUGGGCUUGUGUGGCUGCUCGUGGUACAGUUAGCACUGGCGUCGUGUGGAGUUUAACAGCACUUUCUAUGUAUAUACUUUGUGUUGGGGCUGUUGCAGAACUUGAACUUUCCUUAUGAUUAGAUGGUAGGGCCAGGAUGUGCUUUUUUGACUAAAUAUAUCUAUUUUUAUUUCGAGAUACAGCGUGGAAUAGGCCCAACAAGCUGCAGUGUCCAGCAGCCCAUCCGGAAUUGUCCCGAGCUGUAGUUGUGCUAACCACUACGCUACAUGAUGCCCAAAUCAUAAAUGACUUCCUGGUUCUAACAUUUACUCUUAAGGAAAUUUCCUCAUGGUUACUACACUUGCAGUUCUAUCAGUUUUCAGCUCUGGGUUUACAGAAAAGCUAUUCUGAUAGUAAAGCAGCAGGAAAUUACUGAAUGUAUGUUACCAUUUUGCAAAAUGAAUGUCUGGUGUUGAUGAUUCAGAUUAAUUUAUCACCCGUUCGUCAGAACAUACAGUUAAAUGUGUCAUUUGGGUUAACAACCAACAGUCUGAGGAUGUGCUGGGGGCAGCCCACAAGUGUCACCACACAUUCCAGCACCAACAUAGAAUGUCCACAAUGAACAACACAGACCACAACAACACAACAUACCAGGCAACAACAGUGAAACAAGCCCUGCUCUUUUCUUUCUUUCUUUCUCUCUCUCUCUCUCUCUCUCUCUCACACUCACACACACACUCUCAUACUCAUACACACACUCACACUUACCUCUAACUCCAGGAUGACUGAUAAUAAUAGCACUAUUAGUUGAGGGAGGGGUAUAGAUGGGGUAAAUGCAAGCAGGCUUUUUCCAUUGAGACAGGGCAAGACUAGAACUAGAGGUCUUGGGUUAAGGGUGAAAGGUGAAAUGUUUAAGGGAACAUCUUCACUCGGAGGGCAGUGGAACGAGCUGCCAGGUGGAAGUUCUGGAUGCAGAAGUUUGGAUAAACCGGUGGAUGGGUAUGGAGGGAUAUGGUUUAGGUGUGCAUCAAUGGGAAUAGACUGAGUAACAAUUCGGCAUGGACUAGGUGGGUUGAAGGGCCUGAUUCUGAGCUAUAGUACAGUAUGAUUCUAAUACUGAGAAUAAAUUGGGCCAUGGGUUCUUUAAUGGCUCAGGAAGGGAGUGACUUUACAGUGCUGGGAUUCGCCUGAGACGCUCCACUCUACAGAAGGCAGCUACCUUUGUGGUCUGUGCACAUUCUGAGUCCCAGGAUGACAUGACUUAUGGACAUGGUGACUUCCUACCAUUCCAAAUGCAGAUGUGCUCUGAAUUCCUCUUCCAGCUGUGGUUUGGAGCCACUGUCCAUAAGGUAAAUCCUGCCUGAGAGAACAUACGGCAUCCUUUUUAAUCUACUCUAAGAUCAAUCUAACUCUUCUCUCCCACCUUGCCCUCCAUUUUUCUAUCAUCCAUGUGCCUAACUAAGAAUUUCUUAAGUGUCCCUAAUGUAUCUGCUUUUAUCACCACCCCUGGCAAGGUGUUCCACACACUCACCAUUCUCUCUGUAAUAAAAAAAAAAUCUGGCAUCCAGCCUGCAUACUUUCCUCCAAUCAUCUUAAAAUUAUGGCACCUCAUGUUAGCAAUCACUGCUCUGGCUGUUUUUUCUCUCCCCCCUCCCCCCUCCCUCUUCUCCAUCAUCUUGUACACUUCUAUCAAAUCACCUCUCAUCAUCCUCCAAAGAGAAAAGCCCCAGCUCUCUCAACUGGCCUCAAGACAUGCUCUCCAAUCCAGGCAGCAUCUUGGUAAACCUCCUGUGCACCCUCUAACACUUCCACACGCUUCCACCUCAUGCACCUUAACCAUAUCAACUUGGACAACAACUUCAAGGGUUCAUAACCACAAGAGAUUCUGCAGAUGCUGGAAAUCCAGAGUAACACACAAAAUGCUGGAGGAGACCAGCAGGUCAAGCAAUAUCUAUGGAGAGGAAUAAACAGUCAAUGUUUUGGGCCAAGAUUUGGUGAAGAGUAUCAGUCCAAAAUGUUGGCUGUUUAUUCCUCUCCAUAGAUGCUGCCUUAUUUGCUGAGUUCCUCACACAUUUUUCUGUAACUUUGAGGGUCUGUGAUCUAGGCUCCGAGUUCUAUCUGAUCCUCCACACUGCUCAGAAUCCUGCCAUUAACCCUUCCAGUCUGUAAUGUGAUGGCAUUGUUAACAACACCAGCCUGAUUUUCUGGAUCAAGACUCAGUCCAUAGCAGACUUGAAAGCUUGUCCUUGAAUAGCUGCAUCACCCUCUGAAUGUCAAGCACAGUGUUAUCAUGUUAACUGUUCAGGUAGGGCUGGAUGUGUAGCUUCUCAGCUUCAUGUACUCGUUGCCUUAUUUAAAUAAAAGGCCACUCCCUGUCCAAAACCUUGCAUGUUUUAACCCUCCAGCCCGAGCCAUUGUUAGCUAACCCUCAGAAUUUCUGGCUGCACAGUGCGAGCACUUUGUAGUCAGCUUUGUACCAUACUUGAGAGCAAGUACCACGAAGAGUAACAGCCGAGGUAGCAGCAGAUCCCAAGAAAGCCUGUAGUCUUGACCACUGGAAGUAGCUAUCAUUAAUCUGGAAAGGGGUUCAAAGAUAUGCACAUAGUCAUUGAAAUUCGAUAAUCAAAGAGUGAAGUAUAAAUACGAAUAAAAUCACACUGCUGGAAAUGGGCAGCAAUGCAGAGAUGAACAUCAGCAUGAAAAGAACAUCAAUUUGGCGUUCUGGGAUAAUCCUUUAUAUUUAGGCAUGUUGCAAAAUACUAAAAAUCUAAAUUGUUGGAAAUAGCAUUGCGCAGCAGCUGUGGUGAGGGAAACUGUUUUGGGUCGUUGAUCUUUUAAAUUGCCAUAAUUCAUGUCUCUUCAAUGUUAAGAUCAAGAAUAAUCGUACAUUGAUGUCAGUUUGGGUUUUACAAAGGGGACAAGUGCCCUUCUGCAAAUAGGGACAGGCACUUGUUCCCUAGAAAUUUACAGUUUUUGUGUAAUAUGAAUGAGCUUGGCGAGAAUAAAUUCCUUUUUACUCUUUUCAG